CACGGCUCCAGCUGCUGCUCGCCAUCCACCCUCUUCCUUCUGACGGAUCCAGACAACCAAUGCUCGCUGCUUGCUCGCUUUUUGCCUGUCCAGUCGAGCUCCAUUGUGUUCUGCGCUCCCCUCCCUCUCCUCUCCGCCGUCUUUUCCUCUCCGUCGUCGCGCGUUUUGCUGGUCCGGCCCACGCCCGAGUGCCCUUGAAUGGAAUAAGCUGGGGCUGGUAAGCGAAUUAAAAUUGCGCUCCGCUAGACUCAGCGAUAGCCUCAUCAAACCAAGACGCUCUCGCACGAAUCGUGAGAAGGAGAAAAAAAAAAGCCCAGCCAGACUCUGCUCUCCUUCUUCCUCACCGACAUCUGCCUGCUGUCGUCCUGCUCUUCUCCUCCCGUAACGAUUGCGUUGCGAACCUCUUCUUGCUCCUUGCCGGCCGCAUCCGCUCGACCAAGCUUCUGCUGCGCACCCGUCGCUCUGCACAACCGCAGCACCAGGGUUUGGCGCCCAGAGUCGCUGGCUGCCCUCGCUCCCUCACCUCUUCUCUCCCUCUCCCGUCGCAUCCGUGGCCGUGCUGAUCUCUUUCCCUACGCUUCCCUCACCUCUCUCAUCUAAAGAGAUUGCCGCCCGCGGCUGGGGAGUCCAACUUAUUCUCCCCCUUCCUCUUCUUCUACCUCCUCCUCCUCCGCUGUUCUUCCUCGCCCAUCAUGUCCGGCGCCUUUUCCUUCAAAUCGUCGAGGCUGCCCUACUCGCCGCGGCUCCCAAGCGCGUUCCCCAACCUCAGGAUCUUCGUUCCUCACAAGGUACGGCGGAAAUGGAGGGCCACAAAGGGACGUCUACGCGUAGGCCAGUCGCCGGCAAGCAACGUCUUUGCAUUGCAGACAAGUUUCUCGCCGUCCGACACCAUACAGGCCCUGCGUCGCCAUCAGUGGAGUCUUUAUGACUUCCAAUAUUUCGGCCUGGCUGUGCUAGGCAUAUUCUGUCUGAGCAUCAUGCAGUCGCCUGGUCCGAUGAUCAAGACCGUAAUAGCGACAGCACUCAUGGUCUCGCUCAUUUUGCCCAUCACCCGCCAGUUUUUCCUGCCCUUUCUGCCUAUCGCAGCUUGGCUUAUUCUUUGGUACUCAUGCAAAUUCAUUGACGGUGCAUACCGACCUCCAAUCUGGGUUCGAGUUCUUCCAGCGUUGGAAAACAUAUUCUACGGUGCGAACCUUAGCAACAUCCUCUCAAAACACAAAGCUACCGUUCUCGACCUCCUAGCAUGGUUUCCUUACGGCAUCACUCAUUUCGGAGCUCCGGCAGUGUGCUCGCUGAUCAUGUUCAUAUGGGGUCCACCGAAAACAGUGCCUGUUUUUGCUCGCGCCUUUGGAUACAUGAAUCUGGCAGGCGUCGUCAUCCAGAUCAUCUUUCCGUGUUCUCCGCCCUGGUACGAAAAUAUGUACGGCCUAGCGCCAGCCAACUACAAGAUGCCAGGUUCACCUGCCGGUCUUGCGGCGAUAGAUAAACUUUUUGGCUUCGACAUGUAUACAUCUGGGUUCACCGCUUCUCCAGUUGUCUUUGGAGCGUUUCCCUCACUCCAUUCUGCAAACGCAACUCUCGAGGCGCUCUUCAUGAGCCAUGUGUUUCCACGGCUCACCCCGCUCUUCGUCAUAUAUACAUUGUGGUUGUGGUGGGCUACUAUGUACCUGUCUCACCACUAUGCCGUGGAUCUCGUCGGCGGCAGUCUCCUUGCCGGUAUUGCUUUCUUCAUCGCGAAGACUCGAUGGCUCCCCCGCUUGCAGCCAGACAAGGAGUUUCGCUGGGACUAUGACUACAUAGAGAUAGGCGAGUCCCAAGACGCUUACGCAUCAGGGCAAACCUACACCGGCUUGUACGAAGAAUUCCAUCCAGCCCACUCAGACUCCGAAGAAUGGACGCUGGCGUCUGGAUCUGGCUCGAGCUACUCGUCACGAAGUCGCAGCCCAUCAAACACGAACCGAAGCUCAAGUGAAGUGAGCUGGGAGGGUGAUACGCUGGCAUCGAACUCGGACCACGAGCGAAGCAGGUAACCCGGAGAACAUGAUCUACCAAUCACUCGCACCCCAUCACGGAUAUCGUCCUCUUGGGCCCAAAUAGUCCAAACUCGGUCAUCGCAUUCAUGACGAAUUCUUCGCAUUAAAUGGAGUUGCCUCUCAGCGAGCUGGCGCAGUGUGUGCAGGCUCUUUCGAGUCUGGUGAUCAGCUUCGUUCUUGGAUUUGCACGUGGGCGAAGCUUAACCUUUUUUUUUUCUUUCUACAUUCUUGCCAUCGUUAUCAGCAUAAUUCUUUUGGAGCGGUUAUUGCAUAGACUAGAAAGAGGUGUUCGCCAUCACCAGCGACCUGCAUGUCUUAUUUUUAUGGUGUUCUUCAAGGCUGGGAUUUGUUCACGCCGAUGAUGAUACCCCAAAACGUUCGCUUCUCGGCACCUUGUGCAGGAGGUGUUCAUUGUAUAUACGUCAUUCGUUUUGGAGCGGAGGAGGCUGUACAAAAGAAGAAGGGAGGACUGUACGAGAGAUGAGGGGGGGUAUCAUGAAUGGUUCGACGACGGGAAAGAGAAGCUAUUGUUGUGCAUCAAAGCAGUGUUAUACACUCCGCUGUCUAGACUCCUGGUAGGACGAGUCUACGCAGACAUAAUCAUAAUACUCAAUGAUACAUGUGCGCCAGAGUUUCAAGACUCGGCCUUUGACUCAA